AAACAUUAAUUCACUGAUAAACGUCAACACGUUAUCACAUAAACGUGAUAAUCGCACAAAGAAAUUGAUAGAGAAAAAAGUAGAGUUUAAUAGAGAAGAAAGAAGCAAAUUCAAUAAAAAUUAAGAAAUGAAGCCGUCUUUAGUUGUAUUAAUUUUGUUUCUUGGUAUGUCAGCCAUUGCUGUCGUGGACAGCACUGGAUGUAUUUGCUCAAAAUGUGAUGAGAAUGACAUAGUAUGUUCAAAUCAAAGCCUUAAUGAAAUUCCAACAUAUUAUGAUAUGCAACGAGAUCAUAUAACCAGUAUUGCUUUGCAAGAAAACAACAUUAAAAUAGUUAACGAGUAUUCCUUUGGUAAUUUAUCAAAUUUACAAAUUCUUCGCCUUGACAAAAACAAGAUAUCGAGUAUUUCUUCGAAAGCGUUUUAUGGCUUACCAAAAUUAAAUUCAUUAUACUUGAUUCGUAAUAACAUUAGUGACAUCCCGGAAGACAUGGUGGAAGAAAGUGCUCCCUUGACUGGUUUUAUUAGACUUGAAUACAACAUGCUGCGAACGGUCCCUUUAAAAUUUGUAUUAAAAUCCAAAAAAAAUAUCAAAAUCUCAGGCAAUCCAAUCCAUUGCGACUGUCUCUCUGUAGUAACAGAUGUAACACUACGAAAUUUAGUACAUGGAGAAUGCCAUACACCAACACACCUCAAAGGACGGCGCUUUUCUUCGUUGAGGUAUGCUGACGUAAACUGUGAAGUUUGUUCAAAUAACCCUUGCAAAAAUGGAGUGUGCUUUUCAAAAGAUGGAGGGAAAACAAGCAACUGUUCCUGCUUCAAUGGAUACACAGGUAGAUAUUGUGAAAAAGAAAUUGAAAUGUUUUCCGAUAACGCAAAAGUAAAUAACACCGGCAGUAACCUUGCAUGUGUUUUAAAAGGAUGUAAUAAGGAGAAUUUUAACACAAGUCUUGCUUGGAAAGACUUAAGUUUACACGAGCUAUUUAAUUUCACUUUUGUUAACGCCAACUUUCCGCCCAUGCAUAUUGCGGUAAACUUAUUUAGAAUUAUUAAUGGAAGCUCUAUCACAACAUUAGACGAUUUGUCCAGCAUCAACUUCGUGUUUGACCAGAUCGUUAAAGUAUUUAAACCAAAUCGGAAUUUAACGUUAUUCCAACACAUUAUAAACAUUGUUAGUGGAUAUAUGGACAUCGACGUGAAGUUAUUGGCACGAGGUCAAGAUUUUUCAAGAAAAUUAGUGCAAAAUCUCUACACAUUGCGAUCGGUAAUGGCAAAUGUUUCUAGCGAUGCUGACAAGGAUCAUCUCUCCGUUGAGUCCAAGAAUAUUCAAUUUUUUGUAACUAGACGCCGUAUUGGCGACAAGAGAAUACUUACUACAAAGUUACGUUGUAUCGGUUGUAAUGGACACGAUGGUAAUGACACGAAAUAUCCACCUGUGAGCAUUACCAAAACAUUUGAUGGUGGCCUUCAGAUGUAUUAUUUUAGCAGCAAUGUGUUGUUUUUAAAUAAAGAACAAGUUGAGAUUAUCAAACGUGGAGGAUUUUCAAAAAUAAGGACGAAUGUAGUAGUUCUGCAAAGCUCAGAAGAACACACAAAUACUUCCUUGGUGAAAGAUGGUUCUGUUUUGAAAUGUGGUGUACGCGAUCUAAAUUUAUUCAAAACGACUGGUUGUUAUUCAACAUUGAAUGCUACUUCACAUAGAACUUGCCAUUGCUCACUGUGGAUGGAAAUUUACUAUUACCCCCUGUCUGGCUUGAAAACAAACGAAACGCGCUACACAACCCCUUCUACGACAACACAUGAGGUUGAAAUAACAAAGCCAGUUGCACAAUCUCAACGACCUGGCCAAAUCAAUAAAAUUACAAUCUGCACUGGUAAACAGACUACUAACUGUUCUAAAAGUUUAGAUGUGUCUAAGGAGAUAGUUGAAAUGAUGUCGCAUGGAGCUGCCAUCAACAGUGCAGCUGAAGUGGAAAAAGCAGUUAGCACUGCUGAAAGCGUAGUCUAUUCCAUAAACAAUGCAACCGAAUCAAAAUGCGAGAUUAUGGAGAAUAUAAUACAAGCUGCAAGCAAUCUUUUAGACGCAAAUUCAACACUACUUGAAGAAGCAGAAACGAACUCUAAUUCUUCAACCAAAAUUGUUAAAUUGCUGGAGAAACUGGCAGAUAAAAUUGCUUUAACACUUCACCCACGUAACCAUUCUGUGUCUACUGAAAAUAUUGCAUUAUUGAUAUCACCUGUAACUCACAACGAAACGUUUAUAGAAGCAGACACCUCUGGACAAAAUAAGACGGCUGUCGUACGACAAACAGCACAUAAUCAGCACACCAAGUUGGCGUCUAUCAAAAUACCAGUAGAGGCAAUGGAACAAGCCAAAGGCUCAUAUAUCAUCUCCUACUUUUUCAAAAAAAAUAAAUUCUUUAUGACAAAAGCAAUUCCAAAUCUCCAGUCCAUUGGUGUGGGUGAAAACACCGUUGUCCUUUCUGCAAGCAUCGGUAACCGUUCUGUAUCGAACCUUACAAAUCCAGUAGUAAUAUCGUUUAAAAAAAAUGAUGAAAUGACUGGAGAAGAGAAGUGCAAAUUUUGGGAUUUCAAGCUUAAAAACGUCGCUACUAAUGCGUCAGGAGGUUGGUCAAACAAAGGGUGCCAAACUAUCCAAUCAAAGGAAAGCGAUUUUAUUGAAUGCAAAUGUAACCAUCUCACAAAUUUCGCGCUUAUUGUGGAUGUGAAUCAAAACUUUAACAACCCACUACGAUUAAAAUUUAUUUCAUGGAUAGGUUGUGGCGUGUCCAUCGCUGGUUUGAUACUCACCAUUAUAGUAUAUCUAUCACUUAGAACAAUUCGACAGACAUUUGCUUCCAAAGUUUUAAUAAGUUUGUGUUUGGCAUUGAUGUUUACGUUGAUCCUGUUUAUAUUUGGCGUUGAAAGAACAUCCUCUCGACUUGGUUGUCAAAGUAUUGCAGCUAUGCUACAAUACUUUAUUCUGGUCACUUUUCUGUGGAUGGCUAUUGAAGGUUAUAACUUAUACCGACAUUUCAUCAACAUUUAUAUCGUGCGCAAACUAUCAACUCGUGAAUUUAUAAAGAUGUCAUGUUUUGCAUGGGGUACACCUCUUGUGAUUGUUGCACUCACAAUUGUUGCUGAUCCAGAAAAAUUUGGCAAUAAUAAAUUAUGUCUCGUUCACGGACGAUCAUUUUACAUUGGUGUCCUACUACCAAUUAGCAUUAUCUGGUUUGGUAAUAUGAUGUCAUUACGUUUGUCUAUCGUCAACAUGAACAAACCAAGACUUAUUUUAAGAGAAUCUGACAAAAAGGAGUUUAAACUCAAGGUGAUGCGAGUGUUGCUUUGUAGCACACUACUUGGUGUGACGUGGAUAUUUGGAAUCCUUGCCAUUGGAUACUUGAGAGACCUUUUUCAAUUGCUAUUUUGUGUGUUUAAUUCAUUACAAGGUUUAGCCAUAUUUGUACUGUUUGUGAUAUGUCAUAAGGAUAUUCGAAUGGAAGUAAGCAGGGCGUGGAAGAAGAAUUCAAUGGAGAAAACUACCAAAAUGUACGACAGUUAUCAAAUACAAAGUAAAGGGUGUUCGAAGAAAAAAGAAUUUGUAAGAAAAUCAUGAACAUAGCUUCGAAGAAAAAUUUCAGUUUUAACUGGUGCGUUGCAUUAACGCGUUGUGGUGCUUACUUCGAUCCUUAUUUGAGCUUGGCGUGAAAUUGAAUAGUUACAACAUUGAUUUAAUCUUGUAAAUACAUUUUAUUUAUCAUAGCGAAUUUUCUUUCACAUUUUCCUUUAUUUAUUCGUUAAAUAUAAAUUUAAUUUUUAUAACUUAUUUUUUCUCUUUGUUUUAAAAUUAAAAUAACAAGAAAACACUUGCGCUUUUAACACUUGUUCUAAGUAUAAUCUGAUUAUCUUGAAAAGGAUGCAAGAGUCGUUAAAGCUAAUUGUAAACGGUUUUCGUAAAGAAAAGGUGAAGUAAAAAGAAUAUAUACUAGUCGUUGGCCUGUCAAAAAUCCACAGGAAUUCGCCUGUCGUAUAUUCUGCAUCGGUAUUUCGUGCGUUCUUGUUCAGUACUACUAUGCGGUACAGAGUGGUUACAGAGUUAUUAAAAAAACACUUCUUCUCUUUUAUUUAUUGUUCACCUGUUAUGGAAUUACUCUGCGGUAGUCAUAUGGUCACUGAUGAAAUCCAAUUAUAACUACACAUUUUUCUUUUUGUUACAACCUAGUGUAUCCGAAAAUUUGGUUUAGCACUAGGCCAAAUUUAAAUACACAUUAUGACCAUUGAAAAAUUCACAAAAACAAACUGUUACGUUCAGUUGCUUUCUACAACAUAUAUAACAACAACUAGCGC